UUCCCUUUGUUGGGGUUGGACCCGAAGCCGCAGCUGUCUCCGACUCCAAGCUUCCAUUUUCCAUUUCCAUCAACACUUGACAGCGUCGUCGCCGGCGACUCGACGGAGGCUUCAUUUAGUAAUCAGUAGCAUUUGCAGUUCAGAUAAGGUCGUGCUUUAAUGGAGCCUGCAAACAUAGUGUUCGACAAAUUGAAAGCCGUCGCUAAAUCCGGAAACGAAUUCUUUCAUGGACUCUUCGAUCCUCGUCGCAAUCCGAUUCAAAUCCUCAAACGUUUAAACCGAGAAGCAUUCUCUGACAUUAUGAAACUCAGAGACAGACAAGAGAAGGUUGAGAGAUUGCUUUCCUUCUAUAAAUCAUCCAAGGGAGGUCCCUUCCAGGAAUCUACCACUCAUGUAAGAGGAAGGGUCGAUAUGCAGGAUGCUUUAUUGAUCAUGGAUAGCCUUGAUCAACAGAGCUUAGAUGCCAUUACUACGUCCAGAAUAAGAACUGGCAUUGGAUCAAAGUUCAUUUUUGAAACCAACAUUGGGCAAGAUACUCUUGCUGCAGAGUUUGUGACAAGUCAAAACGGGAAGGAGCACCCCAAUGAUGUCCUUGAAAUGCCACUUUCUCUAGCAAAACUCAGUUAUACUAAAAAUGUUAAUGAUUGGUUAUCUCUGAUGGCUAUCCCAAUAGGAGCUAAAUGUAGAGAUGUUGGAAUUGCUUCAAAUUCUUCCGAUGAGGGCCUUACAGACUUCUCCUCUUUUGGACCUCCCCUUCUAAAUUUGCACAAUGGUAGUGGUAUUGGCAUAACUGUGAGGAAGUCAAAUAUAACUGCUUCAUUGGCUCAAUUUGUUGCUGGACUUGGAAUGCCAACUGGGACUAAUACAAUGGAGAGUAUAUCCAGCACUUUUGGGAAAAUUGUAUCUGAAUUUUCUUGGGGGAAGCUGUCUCUUCUGGGUCUUCAACGAGUGCCUUUACAAUUUGCGCAAUUUAGAAAAGUUGGAGCUCAUAUGAUUCCAAUAGUCUUGUCCAGGCGACAUAAAGUAUCCGAGACAGUACCUGAAGUAUCACCAUGGGUGGAAGCAAGGACACAGGUCUCAACUGGUUCCAUUGCUCUGAUGGCGGAGUCUGAACUUGCCGACUUUGUAAAAUUGGGAGGCUGGAUCGAGAUGAAAGAUCCAAAUUUCAAUUCUGUUCAAUGGGCUCUAACCAUGUCUGAUGUUUCUGAAGAUCCACUUGGCUGGGGCGUUAGUCUCAGUGGGAUGAUUGGAGAUUCAACCAGUGAUCAUUUUCAGGCUGAAUCCUAUCUAAAAUUUAACAUGGGUAAUAAACUUUGCUUGAAGCCUGGCCUUGCAUGUGUGAUGCAUGGGGAUUCCAUGGUAGCUGCUUUAAUGCUUCGCUCUGAAUGGUCCCUGUGAUGAUUGUCCUCUGCCUAUUGCUAUCUAUAUACCAUGCAGUUUUCAGGUUCUUGCUACACUUCCAUCAAGAUGUAUAGGUAAACCAUUCUUUGUUUAGAUUUGUUUACUCGUAAUUAUUCGAAGUUCGUCCUCAUUACAUUCUUACAAGAUCCCUUGAGGACUUUUAAAUACAGAACACAAUUUUGUUCAGUUAAAUUACAGAAAUUAAAUAUCAAUGGUUUAAUAGUUUUUUAGUUCAAAACUUGAUUAGUUCAAGUGGUUUUAACUUGUUUUCCCAAAUUAGGUUUUGUAUUGAAAUCCUAACAAUUGCUUUAAAAAAACAUUGGGGGGCGGGUGUGUUGAACUGAGAUGAAAAGGAUGUUGUAUCCUCAUAUUAGUCAGCUCGAUGAUCUCACUCGAGGCAGGUUAUUUAUUAUUUAAGUACACUUUGAAUACCAUGGUUUAGAGUUUGAAAAAUUAAAGGGAGUAAUGUCUCUAUUUGAGCAUUCCUAGCAAUAUUAUUAUUUAAAAAAUAAUAAAGAGUCAUUUUAUUGAUUUGGAUUAGGUGCUCUGGCAGCUUUUCUUUACAAACAAGUUUGAGAAAUUUUAUUAUUCUAUUUGUGAAUCAAGGUGCUGAGUUAAUCAUCUCAAUAAAUUGACUGCUGUUGCUGCUGUUGUUAUCCUAUGACAUUGUACCCAAUUAUGACAAUCAUCUAAUAGUUUCACACCUAUGUUCAUUUCUCUCUCUUUAAGCAAAACAGUGAAACACACAAAUACAUUAAAUUUCUAAUAAUCUGAAUCAAACCGGUUGUCAGGAGUUUUGUAGUCUACAAUUUUUAACUCAUUUUGUUUGGUAUUUGUCUAUUAACACAUACCCUCAGAAAGGAGAGAAUGAUAAAGGGGAAUAAUAUUGAUACCAAAUUGGUCCUAAAAUUAACAAAACUGAUUGGUAAUAAGUCAAAGGCCAAACUGGUGUCAAUACAUCUUCGGAGUAUCGAAAUAACAAAUGCGCAUAAGUUUGUGGAUUGUCUUCUUAAACUUGAUCUAUUAUCUGUUAAUUAAUAAGAAAUAGCUCCCAUUACUUACCAUCACUGUUUAUACCACUUAAUGUAAUGUUGAAUUUGGCUUGUUCCUUUUUAGAGCAGGAUUUCAAACCCUAGAGGAGCUUAUAUUAUAUGACAUGGUUGCAUAUGUUCGCAUGCAUGCAUGCACCACGUUUUAAGUGUUGUAGCAAGCCUCUUCAGUAUAUGUACAAAAUAGUGAUCAUUCACGUGAUUGGUUCAAGUGAAUCUAGGGCUUGAGCAUUUGGGAGAGCAGAAUGGAUCUCUACAGUGAUUAUUUGGUAUAGUUUAGCUGAUGCAGGGGCAAAUAGUUUGAUGUACUUUACAUAACUGCUAACUUUUUCCCUUUUUCCAGUUUUGGUUUCAUGUCAAUAUACCUCAGUUAAAUCUUAAUCCAUGAGUCCAAAUUUGUUCCUAUAUUUGACAAGAUAUAUAAUAGUUAAGCAGAACAAGGAAUGAGAAAUAACCUUUUGCUGUUGAGAUGAGAAAACACUCAUGCCUGGAAGAUUAAAUUGUUAUAAAUAGGAAUUCUACAGAAGAUUCCACUGAUUUCAGGGCUUCAAAUCGUCAGUAUAAUUGUUGGCUGUCGGUGAUGACAAUCAAUUGUCUGAGCUCUACUCUGAUGGUAAUAGGUAAUCAACAAAUGAACAAACAUAAAAUGUCAUUUUCCUUCUAACUGCAUUAUUUGGCCAUUGAAGCUUUGACCUUUCCAAAGGACUUGUCAGAAGGAAACUUAACUUGACUAAAGAAGAAGAUUCCUUGAUGCAUUCACAAGCCAACAACAGCAAUAACACACUUUGUAUAUAUAAUUGUUUUAUUUUUUAUUAUUAUUAAGGUCUUGGGGCCUUCGGGGUGGCUUUUCUAGCUAAAUAAUUUUCACAUAUUAUCACAUUUUGUUUCAUAAUAUAUCAUCAGUGAAUUUCUUUCAAAUUUGUU